GGUGAUAACAACGGUGUUAACUUUGAAUGGUCAUUGCUACGAGGUGGUAGCGUCGUACGAGAUCUGUCUCGUGAAGAUUCAUUCACGAUUAGUCGAACGGAUUCAUCGAAUGAUUUUGGUAUUUAUCGUUGUGAGGUUGAGGACGAUGAUGGCCAAUUGCUCGGCGCCGCUUAUUCGGCGCUGACCAUCGCCAGUGGCGCACCAAACAAUGCGCAAAUAGUGAAAUUUGACGAAAAAUCAGAGGCUAUAAUAACGUGCCCAGUUUAUGCGUUACCAGGUGCCGAGGUAACGUGGGAGAAACAAGACGGAGAAUUGCCAGAGAUGGCCGUAACAUCCAGGAACAAACUUAUAAUCAAAGAAUUCGAUGAUGCGGCAACGGGAACGUAUGUGUGCAAAGUUUCUGUCGAGGGACAACAAAUUGAAGGAUUUGUCAACGCACUUAUAUAUGCUCAAGUUCCAAUCGUUGAGCCGGUUUCGCAAACGGUUAAGGUCAACGAAACCAUACAAUUGCGUUGCACUAUGCCAAGUCAUCCGCACGUAAUGCUCACCUGGGAACGUCUUGAUGGAUUACUGAACGAAAAUGCGACCGAUCAAAAUGGAGUGCUCACAAUCGAGAAAGCACAAGCGUCCGAUCAAGGCAUUUAUAUCUGCUUAACGGAUGACUUCCAUCCGGGUCAUCCGAUGCACUCCGCACCUGCACGUGUCGUCGUUGAAACUUUUCCUGACACAAUAAUUCAAGUGCUGUUAGAAGCAUCAUCAGAAAGUGUUGCAAUCGGCGAUCGUGCCUGGUUUGACUGUAAGGUGACUGGAGAUCCAGAAGCUGAGAUCACUUGGACACGAGAUGCGGAUGAAGAACUUCCUGAUAACGCUCAAGUAAGACCUAUUGUUGUUUUCUAA